GAGCUUCCGUCCCGGGUAUGCGCGCGACUAUAAAAUCGGGCUCGUUCACUCACGCUGUAGCAGCCGACAGGUGAACAGCUAGUCGAAGAACGUCGAAGAACUUUGUGAUUUUUCUCUAUCACACCACUGAAUUAAGUAAAGAUGCCAGAACCUCAGGAAGCCCAGAUGGAUGAGGGCGAGGUUGAAACCUUUGCCUUCCAGGCAGAAAUUGCCCAACUGAUGAGCUUGAUCAUCAACACUUUUUACUCCAACAAGGAAAUUUUCUUGAGAGAACUUGUUUCCAACUGCUCUGAUGCUUUGGACAAGAUUCGUUACGAAUCUCUCACAGACCCAUCCAAACUGGAUGCCAGCAAAGACCUGCAAAUCCGAAUUGUUCCUGACAAGGAGAACAAGAUCCUUGUCAUUGAGGAUAGCGGUAUUGGUAUGACCAAAGCCGAUCUUGUCAACAACCUUGGUACUAUUGCCAAGUCUGGAACAAAAGCUUUCAUGGAGGCCCUGCAGGCUGGCGCUGACAUCUCUAUGAUUGGACAGUUUGGUGUGGGUUUCUACUCCGCCUACCUUGUUGCAGAGAGGGUGGUUGUCGAGUCAAAACACAAUGAUGAUGAACAGUACAUCUGGGAGUCAUCAGCUGGAGGGUCUUUCACCAUCAAAAGUUCAAAUGAUCCCAGCCUCCCACGUGGAACUCGAAUCACCCUUCACAUGAAGGAAGACCAAGCUGAAUAUCUGGAGGAGCGUCGCAUCAAGGAGAUUGUGAAGAAGCACUCCCAGUUCAUUGGCUACCCCAUCAAGCUGAUGGUUGAAAAGGAGAGGGACAAGGAGGUAUCUGAUGACGAGGAAGAUGAGAAGAAGGAAGAUGAAGAGAAGAAAGAAGAUGAGGAAGAGAAUGAGGAUAAACCCAAGGUAGAGGAUCUUGAUGAGGAUGAGGAUGAAGACAAAAGCAAAGACAAGAAAAAGAAGAAGAAGAUCAAGGAAAAAUACACAGAAGAUGAAGAGCUGAACAAGACCAAACCACUGUGGACCAGAAAUGCAGAUGAUAUCACCCAGGAAGAAUAUGCCGAGUUCUACAAGUCCUUGACAAAUGAUUGGGAGGACCAUCUUGCUGUCAAGCACUUCUCAGUGGAAGGCCAGCUGGAGUUCCGUGCUUUGCUGUUCCUGCCCAAGCGAGCUCCAUUUGACAUGUUUGAGAACAAGAAGAAGAAGAAUAACAUCAAGCUGUAUGUGAGACGUGUGUUUAUCAUGGACAACUGUGAAGACCUCAUUCCAGAGUACUUGAACUUUGUGCGUGGUGUAGUAGACUCUGAGGAUCUUCCUCUCAACAUAUCCAGAGAGAUGUUGCAACAGAGCAAAAUUCUGAAGGUUAUCCGUAAGAAUCUGGUGAAGAAAUGCAUGGAACUGUUUGAUGACAUCAUGGAAGACAAAGACAACUUCAAGAAAUUCUAUGAACAGUUCAGCAAAAACCUCAAGCUUGGUAUCCACGAAGACUCCACCAACAGAAAGAAGCUGUCAGAGCUGCUGAGAUACUACACUUCCCAGUCAGGAGACGAGGUGACCUCCCUGAAGGACUACGUGUCUCGCAUGAAGGAAAACCAGAAGAGCAUCUACUACAUCACAGGUGAAAGCAAGGACUCUGUUCAGAACUCUGCCUUUGUUGAGAGAGUGAAGAAGAGGGGAUUUGAGGUGAUCUACAUGACCGACCCUAUUGAUGAGUACUGUGUUCAGCAACUGAAGGAGUAUGAUGGCAAGACUUUGGUGUGUGUCACCAAGGAAGGUCUGGAACUGCCAGAGGAUGAGGAAGAGAAGAAGAAACUGGAGGAGGCCAAGGCUCAGUUUGAAGGACUGUGCAAGGUCAUGAAGGAGAUCCUUGACAAGAAAGUAGAAAAGGUUGUGGUUUCCAAUCGUCUGGUUACCUCCCCUUGCUGUAUUGUCACAAGUCAGUAUGGCUGGUCAGCCAACAUGGAGAGAAUCAUGAAGGCCCAGGCACUGCGAGAUACCAGCACUAUGGGCUACAUGGCAGCUAAGAAACACUUAGAGAUCAACCCAGACCAUCCCAUUGUGAAGACGCUGAAGGAGAAGGCAGAUGCGGACAAGAAUGACAAGGCAGUGAAAGAUCUGUGCAUGCUGCUGUUUGAAACCUCCCUCCUUGCCUCUGGCUUCUCCCUGGAAGACCCAACAUCACAUGCCAACAGGAUACACAGGAUGAUCAAGCUGGGUCUAGGAAUUGAUGAAGAUGAUAUCCCAUCAGAAGCUGCAGUAGAAACUGGCACAGAUGAGAUGCCACCACUUGAAGGGGAUGAAGAUGAUGCAUCAAGGAUGGAAGAGGUUGACUGAGCUGGUUUUCCUGGAAUAUAAAGACUCUUUAAUGUCAUUGUGAAACGUAUAUCUCCGCAUUGUGUACAUGAGCGGUGUACUUUUGUGGAAGUGCUAUUUAUUGUGAUCAUGAAGCAACUUUCAUACAUGUUCUAUUCCAAGAAAUUGCUGAUAGAGAAUUAUUGCAGAUUUCUUUACGUUCAUUUCACCACCUGAGUUGUAACUUCUGAAAGGUACAAUUAAAAGCCAUUUGUAUGUUUUUGAAGACAACUUUUGUACAUCAUUAUGUGUACCAUUAACACUUCUGUUGAAAAAUAAAAUCAUUUUUCAUAAUUUU